AUGCUCUCAAUUAAACGUUUGCCGGCGUUAUCUGCAUCUAAAAUACAGCCAAAACAAAACUUUUUGGUGAGAAAUACAGUUGUCGAUAGGCACAUAAAUAAACAGUGCCAGGAUGAUUUAGUGAAUUUGUGUAGAUCGUUCUCUCUGUUGCACAGUUUAACCAGUAAAUCUAGGAACCCGCAAUUUCGCCAAUUCAAUGCUGAGUAUAAGGCAGCUUGUGCUUUGAUACAAAGGUCCAAUUUACCCAGACUUAGUUCUAUCUUCACCAACAAUGUCCGCGGGUUCCGUACCAGUGCCACAGACAGACAAAACAAAAGAGAUGACAAAGAUGAACAAGAUAAAAAGAAAAAGAAUGAAGAAAUGUCUUCCCUUAUGAUGAAGGCAGCUUUCUGGAUGUUCACGACUUGCUUUUUAAUAAUCUUGAGCACACUCUUUGUGCCCGGAGGAGAAAACAAUCAAAAUGAGAUGAUACGCUAUGUAUCAUGGAACGAGUUUGUCUACUCCAUGCUGUCUAAGGGUGAGGUCGAGGAGUUGAUAGUGAGACCUGACCUGGAAGUGGUCACAAUCAUCCUCCACGAAGGUGCCAUCAUCAAGGGAAAAAGAUCCACCCAUCGCGUGUUCCACAUGAACGUGGGUGACAUCCAGCGCUUUGAGGAGAAACUUCGGGAUACUGAGAAGAAUUUGGGGGUGAAAGAAGGUGUUCGAGUGAUAUAUGACAGAAACGGCAGCGUGGCCGGUAAGGUGAUAACGACACUACUCAUAGCAGCCGUCAUCCUCUCCUUCCUUUACUCCACCAGGUCUAUGAGGAUGAACAUUAACCUUGGAGGAUUUAACCAGCUGGGUCGAGCAAAGUUCACUCUAGUGGACUCAAUGAGCGGCCAGGGUAAGGGAGUCAAGUUCGAGGACGUGGCUGGUCUGCGGGAAGCGAAGGUUGAAGUCAUGGAGUUCGUGGACUACCUCAAGAGACCCGAACAUUACAAGAGCUUGGGAGCUAAGGUUCCUAAAGGCGCUCUGCUGUUGGGUCCUCCUGGUUGUGGCAAAACCCUGCUGGCGAAGGCGGUGGCGACCGAGGCGAACGUGCCAUUCUUGUCUAUGAAUGGCUCCGAGUUCAUAGAGAUGAUUGGCGGACUGGGCGCUGCGAGAGUCAGGGAUCUUUUCAAAGAAGCUCUGUCCCGUGCACCCUGCAUUAUCUACAUAGAUGAGAUGGAUGCAGUGGGUCGGGCGAGGUCCUCGGGCCCUACAUCCUUUGGACCUGGAGGUGGUGAGGGGGAACAGACCCUCAACCAACUGCUGGUGGAAAUGGACGGCAUGAAGAGCCGCGAGGGUGUUGUUGUUUUGGCCUCCACGAACAGAGCUGAUGUGCUUGAUAAGGCAUUGUUGCGUCCAGGUCGCUUCGACCGCCAUAUUCUGAUUGACUUGCCCACACUGCUGGAGCGCGAAGAGAUAUUUAACAGACAUCUCAAAAAUAUUGUCUUAGAGAAACUCCCUGACUAUUACGUUAAAAGGCUAGCGUACUUGACGCCCGGGUUUAGCGGCGCAGACAUUGCCAAUGUAUGCAACGAGGCGGCUCUACACGCGGCCAGACACAAACAGUCCAUCGUACGUCACACCGACUUGGAGUACGCCGUCGAAAGAGUCGUGGGUGGUACAGAGAAGCGUAGUCACGCAAUGUCACCGGCAGAGAAGCGAGUGGUAGCGUACCACGAGGCAGGACAUGCGCUCACGGGCUGGUUGCUGGAGCAUACUGACGCACUGCUGAAGGUCACCAUCGUACCUCGCACCAAUAUGGCACUCGGGUUCGCACAGUACACCACUUCUGAUCAGAAACUUUAUAACAAAGAGGAGUUGUUCGACCGUAUGUGCAUGGCGUUGGGAGGUCGCGCGGCCGAGGCGAUCACCUUCAACUCAAUCACCAGUGGAGCUCAGAACGACCUCGAGAAAGUCACUAAGAUUGCAUAUGCUCAGAUUCGAGUAUACGGCAUGUCGAAAACUGUCGGUUUGGUGUCGUUCCCGGACCUGAAAGAGCACGGCAAAAGUCCCUACAGCAAGACCUUGAAGAAUCUGAUGGAUUUGGAAGCGAGGAAACUUAUCGGCGAAGCUUACUUCAGGACUGAGAAACUGCUCCGAGACAAUAAGGACAAACUAAUAAUGUUGGCCGAAGAACUAUUGGAAAAGGAGACUCUGAACUUCAAAGAUGUGCAACGUAUCCUCGGACCGACGCCGUUCCCACAUAAGAAGUUCAUUGACCCCGUGGAGUUUGAGACGAACCUCAAGAAUUUGGAGAACGCGGCGAUACCCGACACUACGCCCGUCGGGGCUCCGUCAACGAAGCCCGAAGGCCCCCCGAUAUAA